UAGCCAUUAAAGAUGGCGACCUACUCACUUCCCUUUUCUUUCCGAGUACACAGUCAUCAUGCCGCCUAAGAAAGAUACGAAGGGGUCUUCGAAGCAACCACAGAAGACACAGAAAAAGAAGGAAGGAGGAUCUGGUGGAAAAGCCAAAAAGAAGAAGUGGUCCAAAGGAAAAGUUCGCGACAAAUUAAACAACCAAGUACUGUUCGACAAAAGCACAUACGAGAAACUGCAAAAGGAAGUGACACUGUACAAAUUAAUCACACCAUCGAUCGUCAGCGAAAGGUUAAAGAUCCGCGGAUCUCUCGCCAGAAGGGCACUGAUCGAACUGCAACAGAACGGAUUCAUCAAACAAGUCGUUCAACACCACGCGCAAUUGAUCUACACGCGUACUACCAAGGGUGAUGAUCCGGCUGCGUAAUUUAAUUUCUACGCUAUGUAUAAAUUCGUUCAAUAAAAAAUUUCGAUAAAAUAAAACCCU